GCAGGACCAAUAUAAAGUUUAUCAGUGGAGAAUUCUCUAGCCUAAGUUAUAUCUUUCAAGUUGCACUUCAGUGAACUGACUAUGGAGUUCGGAUAUUGUAAGGCAGCAGUCAGCAAGACUCUAACCAUGAUUGCUCUACACGUGGUUCUCCUUUGUGUCUUUGCUGCUGCAGAAGAUGAAGCAAAUGUGAUCAGUUUUCAAGCAGAGAGAGACUUAAUACCUGUUGGUCAACCAAUGAGCUAUACCUGCAAAGUGAAGGGUCGUGCAGUGUGGGAGUUUGGUACUUAUUACUUUAACACAGCCUCCAGCGACUUUGUGGGGAAUAGAAGCAAUCUAAUUGAUGGAGUGAACAUCACUGACUUUACUGAUGCAAGUGGCAAUCAUCUCUCCAAAUUAUUUCUUUCUUCGUCCAUUGUACAAAGUCUGAAUGAUACCGAUAUGGCCUGUAGUGCAACAACAAGUCUAACCAUAAAACCACCUGUAAACGAGAGGAUUAGAGUUAAAGUUUUUAGUUCCCCCACUUCCCCUGGCAAUGUGAGAGUGGUGUCAGAGAGGCAGAAAGAGGUCACUCUGACAUGGGAACCUUCGUUCUUACCAUUCAACAUCUCCCCUCAGUACAAGGUGUAUGUGGAUGGUGUCGUCGAAGCUACAAUGGAACAACCUUCAUUUGUGUUCUCAAAACUGGAGCACUCAUGUGAUUCUCACCAGAUACGAGUGGAAGCGUACAAUGAAGUCGGCAGCAAUACCUCGGAGCACAUCGAAGUGGUCUUACCUGCAGUUCCUGAGGUGGGUGCACUGAGUGACAGCAUCUCUACCGAUAUUACAAAGAGUGGUGCUCAAGUUCAAUUCACGGUUUCCUUUGACCAAGCCGUGUCAUGUCCCGCUCACCCGGUAACCAACUACACGGUGACGCUCACCUCAAACACGUCCACCCCCAUCACUCGGACAGUGACCACACCCCCUGAAGACAACGUCUCUAUCACAGUGGCGGGUCUGAACGACAACACUCUCUACACCUACCAGGUGCACGCUAACAAUGCCAUUGGAAGUACAGCCUCAGCAGUGAAAACAUUUUACACGACUGACGUGCUCAGCGGCACUGCCAUGGAGAUGAAUGAAGGUACACUGUUCCUGCGUUGUGAGUUUGUCCCCGGAUCCAACGCACUUGGUUGUCAGGUUCAACUGGAGACUCUCACUCGCCUUGGUAACCUCACUCAUUCCCUGUAUCGUAGCCAACCAGAUGCAGCCUCUGUGGACGCUGUCAUCAAUAUCACCAACCCCUCCUGUUACGACAAGAUGCUUGUGUUUGAUAUAGAGUCCGACAACACCACCGGUAACCUAGGCAUGCCUGGAAAAUUUCAUGUCAGUGGGAACAAGCCGUGUACCGCUCCUUUGAGCACAGAAGGCACACCCGUAUCCACAGCUUUGAUCAUUGGAGCCUCAGUGGGCGGAGCCAUAGCUGUCGUAUUGGCGGUCGUUAUCCUGGUCGUGAUCUGCUGCGUACUUAAGAAUCGUGCAUUCGGCAACAGCGUCAAGGAUACCACUGUCUGGAUCAGGAACCAAGAUCAAGACAGUUACCCGGUGAGAUACUCUCCGAACAAACAAGCGAGGGUGCCCUCGAGGGAAGAGCCUCAGGAGAACAAGCUGCCCAUCUACGACUCAGUCGACACUUACAGACAAACGUCCACACGUGACAGUGUACCAUCACCUGACUACGAGCUGCUGAAACGAGAAUUCGGAAACUUGAGGUCACCGCCGCCCCCGUCCAGUCCCAAACAUGGUGACACACCCACUUAUGCUCAGCUGAACUCUGACCCCUACUCGGAGCCACUGAGACUGCCCGACUUUGCAGAGCCCUACGAACAACAUGUGCCUGCUUACGCCGAACCUUACGAGAUUACACGGGAUCCUGUCUACCAAACACUGGAUGACGCAGCGUCAGUUCCCUCAAAGAAGGCCCCUCCCACGACACCACCCCCUGCACACUACUCGCAAGUGGCCGAUGCCCUGCCUAUUGGCUGGAAGGUUAAGACAGUCGGAGGCGGGGGAGGAGGGUCAAGAUUAACGCUACCACAGCAGAGAAGUGGAAGCAGAACCAGUCUCUCACAAGUCUGAUACCGAUAACUGUGAUUCCGAGUCCUGCAUGGAAUGGGAACUCUCUGUAUGGAAAUUCUCUCUUAAUUUUUGUUUGGCCCUCGAUUUCUUAUCCAUCCAUCAUCAUUGUAAUCUUAUAACUGCAAGUAGCACUCUAGAUAUUAAAUGCCACACCUGACAGGAUCACUGAUUCCACGUAUUGCUCACUUCACUUAAUUUUUUUGCAACAAUAAAUUUUAAUUCUUCGUCUGUCCACAAUUGUGCUUAUGAUUUGGUA